AUGGGUCUCCACCACCACCACACGGCCGCGAUGGUCUCCUUCUACAACAACCAUCUCUGCCCCCUUUUCGACACCAUCGACCGCCUCUGCCACCUCGAGUUCAUUCAGGAAAACAUCCAGCACCCCACCAUCGUGGUGGUCGGCGACCAGUCCUCUGGCAAAUCCAGCGUCCUCGAAUCCCUCACCGGCAUCAGCCUCCCACCCGGCACCCGCGUCCCCCUCAUCAUGCGCUUCCAGAACCACCCAAACCCUAUUCCCGAACUCUCCCUCGAGUUUAGCGGCCGUACCAUGCCCACCGACGAAGCCAAUGUCGCCAACGCCAUCAUCCUCGCCACCGAGGAGAUCGCCGGAAAGGGUAAAGGGAUUUCAAACAUCCCUCUCACACUGAACGUGAAGAAGAGCGGCGUCCCGGACCACCUCACCAUGGUUGACCUCCCCGGAAUCACCCAGGUGCCCAUCCUCGACCAGCAGAUCUCAAAGAUCAUCAUGGAGUACAUCACUCUGGACAAGAGCAUCAUCCUCAACGUCCUCUCCGCCAGCAUGAACCUUAAUAUCUGCGAGUCCAUCCGCAUGUCCCAGCAGGUUGACCCUACGGGACAGAGGACCCUGGCCGUUGUGACCAAGGCCGACAAGGAUCCCGAGGGCCUCUUCAAGAAGGUGACAUCGAACAAAGUCAGCAUCGGCCUUGGCUACAUCUGCGUGCGCAACAGGGUUGGGGUUGAGACGUAUGAGGAGGCCCGAGAGAAGGAGGCCCAGCUGUUCAAGUCGCACCACCUCCUGUCUGGGAUAAGCCGGUCGAUGGUCGGGAUCGCUGUCCUGGCCCAAAGGCUUGUCCAGAUCCAGGGGAAACUCAUCAUCAAGUGCCUGCCUCAAAUCAAACGGAAUGUCAACAACAGGCUGUCUUCCGACAUGGAUGAGCUGAGCAAGCUGCCGGACACCAUUACCUCGCCCGCCGAGGCCUGGAUGGCCUUCGACCAGAUUCUGCGCAACACAACAGAAUCUCUUAAAAAGAUUUUGCUGACGGGAGCAUUCGACGAGAAGGACAGGCUGACUAAGAUGCUCAACCGCUACUCUGAUGAAAUGCAGGUCAAAGGCGAAUCAAAGGAUAAAGAGGAGUUCCUGGUGGAUGAGAUUAACGUGUUGGAGGCGAUGAAACGGCCAAUCGGUGUGUUGUGGAAGAUGAAACCAAUCGGGCCUCCGUAUCUUCUACCAAGGGAGGCUUUUCUCAUCCUGCUUGAGAAGAAGGUGAAUGGGGUGUCUUUCAUGGCUUUCGAGUUAAUCGACACUAUGUGGGCCUACAUUGAGAAGGUGGUGAUCUCGGUCGUCACGAAGCACUCGUGUAACUACCCACACCUGCUUUCGUCCAUGAGGCAGGCCACCUUGAACCUGGUGGCCAAGAAGAGGAAGCAAUCGGAGGUUUGGGUCAGGGAUAUGAUCGAGAUGGAGAAGACGACGGAUUACACGCGCAACCCCGAGUAUGAGGCUUUGUGGAGCAAGCUCUUGGCCAACCAGAACAGGUUUGAGGAGAUUCUCAAAAAUGACUCAAAGCCGACAAAUAUGUUGAUUGAUGGGUACGGUAAUGUCGAUAUCUCACACCUCAGGGGCAGGGCGACGUGGGUCGUGCUUGAGGCAUUCGACCUGAAGAUGAGACUGACUUCCUACUGGAAGAUUGUGCUGGGAAGGCUGGUCGACAACACGGCUAUGCAUUUGAUAUUUAAUUUACGAAAUCUGGUGAACAAAGAAAUGAGGCCGGAGAUCAAUAAUGAGGUGAUGGGUGUGGGAUGGGAGGGGCUGGAAAGGAUGCUGGAGGAGUCUCCGGUAUUGGCUGAGAAACGCAAGAGGCUGAAUAAUAGUGUCGAGUUGCUCAAGGAGUCUAGUGAUGUGGUGGCCAAGAUGUUUGAUGAUGUUAUCUGUGGUAUUAGCAGGCUUGUCACAGAUCUGGAGUUGGUCCAGUCGGCGAUCACCACCGGUCUCGAGGUCCGGCGGCUCCCCGACCCGACAUUCUCCACCACCUUCAAUAUGUCGUAA